AUGUCAACCAUUGCUGAGGAACUAUUACAGGACUUUGAAGAUUCUGGGUCUGAAGCUGAAGAAAGCCUUCUCAGAGAAAAAUUAGAUAUUGACAAGGAAGAUGGAAGUCAUAAUACUUAUCCACUCAACGGCGCAAAUGGUGUUAUGGAUGUCGACGAUGAUGAGGAUUUUAAUAAAGAUGAAGAAAUGACCGAAGCUGCCUCACUAGGACUGAAUGUAGGGGAUGAAUACGAUAUGAGAGCCAAUGUGGAAAAGAUGGACUUAGGAAACGUCGAUGAUGUGCGAAGAGUUGCGCGAAAAAUGAAGAAAAUAGAACCAGUGCUAGAGAGAAUUGCCCACUUUCAGUCACAGCCACCGGACAAACAAGCGACAACGAUUGGAUCUAUUGAAGAAAAUCCCGAGUAUCAUCUCUUGACAACUGCCAAUACCCUCUCGACUGAAAUUGAUCAUGAAAUAAUGGUAGUUCACAAAUUUAUUCGGGAUCACUAUUCUAUACGAUUUCCUGAACUAGAAACUCUAGUUACAAAUCCCCUCGACUACGCUAAAGUUGUUACUAUUAUAGGAAAUGGACCAAUGGACAGCGAUAGCAUUAAGUCUCUUCAAGCCUGCAAGGAAAAUAGGCUGGGAGUCAGUUUGAGAUCUGUAUUAGACGGGCCAUCCGUAAUGAUUGUCACAGUCGAGGCGACUACUACAAAAGGCCGUGAAAUGACCCCAGACGAGCUUGAAAGAGUUAAUCGUGCUUGUGAUAUGGCCCUGGCGCUAGAUAGAGCAAAGAGAAAUUUAACGGACUACGUCCGAACUCGUAUGAACCUUUUUGCACCUAACCUUACCGCUUUAAUUGGCUCUCUUACGGCAGCUCAACUUCUCAAUUUUGCAGGGGGUCUUACUGGACUUGCAAAAACCCCAGCAUGUAACUUGGCUCCCCUUGGCUCAAAAAAACAAACACAAACUGGAUUUGCGACAAAUGUUGGCAUCAGACAACAGGGUUAUCUAUACCAUUCUCCCAUUAUUAGAGGUAUUCCGAACGACCUUAAACGGCAAGCUCUGAGGAUCCUGUCAGCUAAAGUUGUACUCGCGGCUCGAGUUGAUAGGGUGCAUAAUAGCCUGGACGGGUCUACUGGUGAAGAACUGAAGGCAAAUUGCCUCGAAAGACUCGAAAAACUUACCGAACCACCUCCUAACAAAGGCGCUCGAGCUCUCUCUGCACCAGACGACAAACCCGCUCGCAAAAGAGGCGGGAGGCGCGCGAGAAAGGCAAAGGAGGCUACAGCCAUGACAGAUUUGCGCAAGGCCCAGAACCGGAUGGCGUUUGGUAAGGAGGAAAAAGAGGUUGGCUAUGGGACCGGAGAAGGGACGAAGGGGCUCGGAAUGAUUGGACAGGCCAACGAUGGGCGGAUUCGGAACCUUCAGAUUGAUCAGAGAACCAAAGCCAAGUUAAGUGCCAAGAAUAAAGGAUGGGGUGGCACAACGCAGAUUGGCGGCUCGGUAUCUUCUCUACGUGGGUUCGGCCAAGUUGCUGGCUCUGGUAUUGAUUUGCGAGGCAAAGGCUUGCGAGCUUCAGGUGUCGGCAGCACGAUGGGCUCUGAGUCUGGAACAGCUUCUUCGCUAGCCUUUACGCCUGUCACUGGGCUAAAUCUCGUUGAUCCAAAAAUGCAGAGUGAGAUGAACCGGAAGCGAAAGUCAGAGGAGGAUAGAUGGUUCAAAGGAGGCACGUUUACUCAGGUUAGCAAUGGAAGUAUGGGCCCGCCGCCACCGCCGAAAAGGCUUGAUACUGGCAGCAGAAAGAUGGGACCGCCACCAUUGCCGUGA